AUGGCGGAUAUGAAGUUAUUAUUACUACAAGAGUUGAAUCUGAGUUUCAGUGUGGUAUGGUGCAACAGCCUUCUCAUCAUCAUAAUCAUCUCGUGCAUGUCCACGGCUGUCAUGGACGUUGAUUGCCAUGUUAUCAUCGACGACAGCAUAUCAAAUGAUCGAGUAGCAUUACUGGCUUUUAAGGAUGCAAUUACUCAGGAUCCACUAGGAACACUUAGUUCUUGGAACAACAAUAAUAAUUCUCUUCAUCAUUGUGAGUGGACAGGAGUUACAUGCAGUCAUCGUCAUCAUAGUAGAGUCACCAAGAUUGAUCUUCGAUCCCAAAGAUUGGAAGGUUCUGUUUCACCCUAUAUAGGAAACCUUAGCUUUCUUCAAUAUCUCAUCCUCCACAACAACAGUUUAAACGGAGAAAUCCCGCAACAAAUCGAUCGUCUUUUCCGAUUGAAACAUCUGGGUCUUUCAAAUAAUUCCUUGGAAGGAGAAAUUCCGCAAAAUAUUUCUCGUUGUUCGAAUCUCAUACAUCUUAAUAUUUCUCGGAAUAAUCUUGUGGGAAAAAUUCCAGAUGAAUUAGGCUACUUAUCUAGUCUAGUAAUAUUAAGGCUUAGUGAUAAUAAUCUUUCAAGAGAGAUUCCAUCUUCAUUGGGUAACCUUUCAUUUCUUAGUGUUCUUGAUAUUGGUUUUAACAAUUUGGGAGGAAUGAUUCCAAGCACUCUAGGCCAACUAAGAAGCUUAAAAGGACUUGAGCUUGGUAUGAAUAAGCUUUCAGGUACGGUCCCUUCUUCACUUUACAAUCUUUCAUCACUUUCGGUAUUUUCAGUCAUGUGGAAUCAACUCCAUGGAAGUAUUCCUUUUGAUGUUGGUUUCACACUUCCAAAUCUUGACUAUUUUUCGGUUGCAAAUAAUAUAAAUUUCACCGGAACCGUUCCAAGUUCGUUUUCCAAUAUGUCGAGGCUUGAAUUGUUAGAAUUGCAAAACAAUAAUCUAGUUGGAUCAGUACCUUAUAACCUUGGUUAUUUAAAAAGACUUGAAGUUCUAUUUUUAGGAUUAAACAACCUUGGAAGUGGACAAGCUAAUGAUCUCAACUUCAUCAAUUCUUUAGUCAACUGUACCAACUUGAGGGAGUUGUACCUAAUCUCUAAUAAUUUCGGAGGUACAUUACCUACCUCUAUAGCCAACUUUACAACAACUUUGGACAUUCUAGAUUUCAGUGAGAAUCUGAUAUACGGGAGUGUUCCGGCAGGCAUUCAGAGCCUUACAAGUUUAACGUCACUUUCUUUGUAUUCCAACAUGUUCACAGGUAGUAUACCUGCAGGUAUCGGGAAACUUCAAAAUUUGAGACUACUGAAUCUAAACCAAAACAAAUUCUCUGGUUCAAUCCCUUCCUCUUUCGGUAACUUAACACAGGUGAUUAUCCUCCGAUUAUAUGAGAAUAACCUGACAGGUCUAAUACCAUCAAGUCUUGGAAACUGUGCAUCUUUGCAGGUUUUGAACCUAAACACCAACAGACUAAAUGGUAGUAUACCCAGACAAGUUCUCCAACUUCCUUCUUUAUCAAGGUUUCUCGAUUUAAGUAAUAAUUCAUUUACCGGUUCACUUCCAAUGGAAGUUGGUAACUUGAGAAAUCUUGACGUGUUGUACUUGAAUGAAAACGCAUUAUCUGGUGAAAUUCCAAGUAGCAUAGGCGAGUGUUUAAGCUUAAGAUAUCUAAGUUUAGACAACAACUACUUCCAUGGAAAUAUACCUCAAGCUAUCACUUCCUUGAAAGGUCUUGAAGUCUUAGUUCUUUCCCAUAACAACUUGUCUGGUAUGAUACCGAAAGGUUUUGAAAAGCUAAACCUCAGUGGAUUGGACUUAUCAUAUAAUAAUCUUGAAGGAGAGGUGCCUAAAACUGGAGUGUUUAAGAACACAAGUACAUUUAUAAUUGAAGGGAAUAGUAAGCUUUGUGGUGGUAUACCUGAUCUGAAGUUGCCGAGUUGUCCCAUCCCAUUAAAGAAAAAACCGAGGAAAUCCAUUUCUAUCAAAGUUAUAAUUAUCAUCAUUGUUACUAUGAUUUAA